AUGCUUUAUGUCUCUAUAAUAGUUGCCGGUUGUGAUACUUUGCGAGCCGUUGAUUGCCGCCCACGGGCGUUCCUUCUUUGUGCUAUUCGAUUCAGGCCAACUUAUCUUUCCGCCAUGUCGUCCAAGCAAGGAGGGAAAGCAAAGCCUUUGAAGCAACCCAAGGUUGACAAGAAAGAAUAUGAUGAGGUUGAUCUGGCGAAUAAGCAAAAGAAGAAGGACGAGGAAAAGGCGCUGAGAGAGCUGAAAGCGAAGGCCCAACAGAAGGGGGCCUUUGGAGGUGCUGGGCUGAAGAAGAGUGGGAAGAAAUGAUGAACUUCCCACGCAAUAUAUGGUAUAAUGAAAACUGAAUAAUGUAAGAGUCGAAUGCUUUCUUCUCUUCUCUUCUGUUCUUCUCUUCUGUUCUGUUCUGUGCAAAAAUCUGGAAAACCAGAAUGAAAUAUGAAUGAAUGGUUAUUGAAGUUUGAGUGCUUUUCAA